AUGUCAUCCCCCAUCCUCCAAGACCUCGCCCGCUUCAUCGCCUUCAUAAACACAGCCGACCCAACUCUCGGCGCAGAAGUCAUUUCCGAAUCCGCAAUCUUCCACGUCCCCUUCGGUACCUCACCCCUCAAAGGUCUUGACGGCUACCUCCAAAUCCUGGGCAUGAUGCGCGCCGCCUUCCCCGACAUUCAAUGGACGUUACAAGAAACCAUUUGCGAAGGCGACAAAGUGGUUGCGAGGUUUGAAACAAAGGGUACGCAUGAUGGUAGUUUUAUGGGGGUGCCGCCGACAGGGAAAGCCAUUUGUAUGUCAGCGGUUAACAUUUAUCGGUUUGAGGAGGGGAAGGUUGUGGAGGAGAGGGGAUUGCCGGAUCUUUUUGGGGUGUUGGUGCAGAUUGGGGCGAUGGGUGGUGGGCCGCCGCCGGUGGCUGGGUAG